AGCGCGGGCACGGCGUCCCCCUCCCCCCCCCCCGCCGCACCGAGUGGGAGCGCCCGCGGCCGCGGCAGCCGCGGCGCCUCGGGAGAGACCAUGUCGUGAGCGGGGGGGGGGGGGGGGGGGGGGGGGGGGGGGGCGGCACGGGGCGCAGGCGGCUCCUGGCGCUGCGAGUGUGUUCCCGAGGGACGGAUCCAGCCGAAGAGCCGGGCUUUGUGCUGUGCCUGAACAGUCUCUGCUCACCAGCUGCUGCUGUGUCACAAGUGGUGGGGCUGCCAUGUGAGUCCGGGGCAUUGAUACCUUUGUUGAUGCGAAAAUUGAAAGGAAUAGUUAUCUGCUUAGUCUCAUCCUUCAUAUUUGGCAAUCUGAGGAAAAGGUCUGAGCCAGCAUGAAGACAGAAUCCCCUCUUCAUUAGAGAAAAACUUUCCGCCCGACGCAGCUCAUUUCAAGAAGUGCACAAUGACAGAGCGUGGGAUUAAAUGGGCUUGUGAGUAUUGUACAUAUGAAAAUUGGCCCUCUGCAAUCAAAUGCACCAUGUGUCGUGCCCAGAGGCCCAGCGGAACGAUCAUCACGGAAGAUCCGUUCAAAAGUGGCUCCAGUGACAUCGGCAGGGACUGGGAUCCCACGAGCACCGAGGGAGGGAGCAGCCCUUUGAUAUGCCCGGAUUCCAGUGCAAGACCGAGGGUUAAAUCCUCCUACAGCAUGGAAAGUGCAAAUAAAUGGUCGUGCCACAUGUGCACGUACUUGAACUGGCCCAGGGCCAUCAGGUGCACUCAGUGCUUGUCUCAGCGUAGGACCAGGAGUCCCACGGAGUCCCCUCAGUCUUCGGGGUCAGGGUCCCGGCCCGUCCCCUUUGCCGUCGAUCCGUGCGAGGAGUACAAUGACAGGAACAAACUGAACACAAGGGCUCAGCACUGGACUUGUUCCGUCUGUACGUACGAAAACUGGGCCAAGGCCAGGAAAUGCGUUGUGUGCGACCACCCCAGGCCCAACAACAUCGAAGCAAUAGAACUGGCAGACACAGAAGAGGCUUCUUCCAUCAUCAACGAGCAGGACAGGGCUCGGUGGAGGGGGAGCUGUAGUAGUGGAAAUAGCCAAAGAAGAUCUCCACCCACAACCAAACGUGAAUCCGACGUGAAAAUGGACUUCCAAAGGAUUGAGUUGGCCGGAGCUGUUGGCAGCAAGGAGGAACUUGAAGUUGACUUCAAAAAGCUAAAGCAAAUAAAAAAUAGAAUGAAAAAGACUGACUGGCUGUUCCUAAAUGCGUGUGUCGGAGUCGUGGAAGGUGAUUUGGCUGCUGUGGAAGCCUACAAGUCCUCCGGGGGGGACAUUGCCCGGCAGCUCUCGGCGGACGAGGUGCGGCUGCUGAACCGCCCGUCCGCCUUCGACGUGGGGUACACGCUGGUCCACCUGGCCAUCCGCUUCCAGAGGCAGGACAUGCUGGCCAUCCUCCUCACAGAGGUAUCCCAACAUGCAGCCAAGUGCAUCCCUGCCAUGGUGUGUCCAGAGGUGACGGAACAAAUCCGCCGUGAAAUUGCUGCCUCUCUUCACCAGCGAAAGGGAGACUUUGCCUGCUAUUUUCUGACUGACCUUGUGACGUUUACGUUACCUGCAGAUAUUGAAGACUUACCACCCACAGUCCAGGAGAAGUUAUUUGAUGAAGUGCUUGACAGAGAUGUUCAGAAAGAGCUGGAAGAGGAGUCUCCCAUCAUCAACUGGUCCCUGGAGCUGGGCACACGCUUGGACAGCCGGUUAUACGCACUUUGGAAUCGCACUGCCGGGGAUUGCCUGCUCGACUCGGUGCUCCAGGCCACCUGGGGCAUCUACGACAAGGACUCUGUGCUGCGCAAGGCUCUGCACGACAGCCUGCACGACUGCUCCCACUGGUUCUACACACGCUGGAAAGAGUGGGAAUCGUGGUAUUCCCAAAGCUUCGGUUUACAUUUCUCGUUGCGGGAGGAGCAGUGGCAGGAGGAUUGGGCAUUCAUACUCUCCCUUGCCAGCCAGCCUGGAGCAAGUUUGGAGCAGACACACAUUUUUGUACUUGCACAUAUUCUUAGAAGACCAAUUAUAGUUUAUGGAGUAAAAUAUUACAAGAGUUUUCGAGGAGAAACAUUAGGAUAUACCCGCUUUCAAGGUGUGUAUUUGCCUUUGUUAUGGGAACAGAGUUUUUGUUGGAAAAGUCCUAUAGCUCUGGGCUACACGAGGGGCCAUUUCUCCGCCCUGGUUGCCAUGGAGAACGAUGGCUAUGGCAAUCGAGGGGCUGGUGCUAACUUGAACACUGACGAUGAUGUUACUGUUACUUUUCUACCCCUGGUGGACAGCGAGAGGAAACUAUUGCACAUUCACUUCCUUUCUGCUCAAGAGAUCGGCAACGAGGAGCAGCAGGAGAAGCUGCUGCGGGAGUGGCUGGACUGCUGCGUGACGGAAGGGGGGGUCCUGGUGGCCAUGCAGAAGAGCUCCCGCCGGCGCAACCACCCGCUGGUCACGCAGAUGGUGGAGAAGUGGCUCGACCGCUACCGGCAGAUCCGGCCCUGCACGUCCCUGUCGGACGGUGAGGAGGACGAGGAUGAUGACGACGAAUGAUGGGUGACGAAUAAAAGUGGAAAUGAGCCGCGCAGAGUGUCUGACCCGCCGUUGUGCUGUGGCAGUGGGGUGUGCGGAACCACCCGGGUUCUGGGGGAUACGCGCUGGGGGAAGGAUUCUCUGACAGCAGCACGGAGAGAGGAUGGAAGCUCAUCCUGCUGCCUGGAGAGAGCGCAGAAUGGGCUGGACUCCAGUUUGUAUAAAAACACGAAAAAAAAGAAACAAAAAACAGCUAAUUUUAUUAUCAAGAUGGAAAAAUACAAAGAAAAAAAACCACCACAAAACCAACCCCAUUUUUCUUUCUGACUGACUGUAAAUCUGUCUAUAAAUGUACCGCAUGUGGUUGUGUAAGAGGUUGUGUAAUAGGAAACGUAUACCAGCAUCUUAAUUAUUGCAGAGAAAUUUUUCAGCUAAGGGCACUUCUGAAAGCACAUGUUAGCUGGAUGUCUCCUCCUUCCGAGAUUCUUUUACAGUAGGACUUGGUCUUCUCCAUCACCUUUUAGAUACUCUGACACAUUUCCCUGAAAGGCCCUUUUUUCUGUGAAAUCUCACUAGUGCCCAGGUCAGAUCGUGAGAGGGUUUUUUUUUUUUUGUUGUUGUUGUUGUUUGCACAAAAUACCCACAGCAAGUCAUAAACAAAAGUACAUUCAUUAUUUUACUAAUAUUUUAGUUAUUGCUGUGCCCAUAUAAUAAAGUCUAAACUCUACGGAACAAACUGGAAGAGAAGCUAAAUUUUUCAUUGAGUGAAAUGAUUUUGUUUCCUGAAAAAGCUUUUUGGUUUUGUUUUUUUUUUUUUUUUUUUUUUUUUUUUUUUUUUUUUUUUUUUUUUUUUUUUUUUUUUUUUUUUUUUUUUUUUUUCUUCUAAAUAGUUAAUAGAUUCCUUUCAGUGUAGGUAAGAAUAUUUAUUCAGAGAAGUGACCUAAAAGGUAGGGAUUUUAUUCCAGUGAGCAUACACUAAACAAAACUGUGUGAAAUCUGAGAACUCAAACACAGCUUUUGAGUAUUUCCUUGUCAGAACUCCCGUCUUGCUGUGAUACAAGUUAUAUAUACCAUUUUAUCAUUUAUUCUUUGAUCACUCAGACAUUGCUGCCGAUGAAAAAAAACCACCUUUUUAAAGGGUUUCUCCUUGGUCACUAAAUCCAGUGAGAAUCCACUUGGCAGUUCUAAUUAAAAAGAAGAAUCUAUGCUCAAAUUGUUUAAAAGUACUGUUAUAUAUUUCUCAGUAUGUAAACCUGGGAAUUUCUUGCAUGUUGAUUGAUUGAUGUGGCCAUACUUAAACUUAUGUAAGUUCCUAAGAUUGUAAGUUCAGAGUAUAUUCUCCAGUAGAAAUUUUAUUAUAUUUGAUAACUUUAGCCAUGUAACCUGUAAUGGAUAAAGUUUAUCUAAAAAUCUCACUGAAACACUAAAGGUUAAUGCCAGUUUCUACAUAUACAGUGCAAUUCAGGUUGUCUUGAAAAGCACUUUUGAUGGUGUGGUGAUUGAAUUAAGGAAUUUUGCAGUAGAUGAAAUUGUUUUAAUUAGAAUUUGGAAAGAAGCCCCAUAGCACAUAUUUUUAUGUAUUUCAGAGCUAUGGAAACCCUGAGGAACUUGCUGCUUUUUCUUCCAAAUGCUGCUUAGAUGGUGUUGAAACGUGCACAACUCCUACAGAAACUUGGUGACGACACCGAAAGUAUAGAAAUAAUGAAGUACUGUAUUAACUUAGCAAUUAUCCCGUCCCAGAUUCCACUGAGGUUUAUUAUGUCUUCGCCUUUUUUUGGCCAUGAGAUCUCUGGUUGGUGCAUGCCCAAAUUUCCAGGUGAAAAGGGAUGCUUCUCUGCCGUGUCCGUGUGGGUGACCUGAACUCACCUGGCAAACUGAUGACACUGCAGAGGUUCUUCACCAGGGAAGGGUUCAAGUUCCCUUUCUAAAUUGGGAUUUUUUUUCAGGUCCUUUUUUUCUUACCUUGCAGUGAAAUCCUUUUAUACCUUGUCUAGCUGAGGGCAUAAAGCUUUUUGUGUCAGGGGAGCCCAAUGCAGGGCAAGCUGGGAUGAGGAUUUCCAUGCCCUGAGCUCUGUGGUGACAUGGUUUGUGUCGUGGUGUGGCCGUGGAUGUCCCAAUUCAGGACUGAGCGUACCAGGUUUAGAAGACCAGCUCCUGUAAAUUCAGAGCAGCUGCCCUGUGCAGCCCACCAUAUACUGGACAGAAGGAUGAGCUCCUGCCUCUGCAGGCUGCUCUGAGGAUGCUGUGCUGUUUUCACCUCCCACUCCCCUGCUUUUGGCAGUGCUGUUCUGUUGGGGGAAGUGGAACUUCCUUGUCACAGGGGUAGAAUAAUCAAUGUGAAGAUCUACCCUGAGCCAAACUGGCCGAGCAAUCCUGCCCUUCUCUCCUGUUGCUGUCGAUGAGCUGUGGCCUGAUGAUCCCUGUCCCCCAGCACAUCCCCACAUCCAGUGGAAUUCCCUGUUCAGUCAGUUCAGCUGUUCCUCAAACGCAUGCACCGAUAUUUAUCAAGUCCUGGCCUGAGAGGAGGGUCCUGGUACUUUUUGAAGCCCUUUGGCUUCCUCGAUCAUUAUUGUUUGUUCUGAUGUGCUGUACAAUGGUACGUUCAGCUUCACGUGCUUCACAGGCCGUUUGGGAACUGGUGAAGUAUCUUUUUUCUUUUUUUCCCCCCCCAGAAUCAAAGUAAUCCAAACCUCAUGUACCUGUAGAUUAAAGAGCUGCAACCCCCCUGCUUGUUCUCGCACUGCA